AAAACGUCUGGUCUUCAAACUGGCGGCAAAUUCAGGAGGGAACCAAUUGUUCUUCUGGCUUCGUCUUCCUUCAUUUGGAAGCCACAUUCCUUCGUCUUCCGUCAAUUGAUCGCUCUCGACGGGAUCUGUUCCGUUCUUCCGCACAACAGCAGAGCUGAUCUCGAAAGAAUCGGGCGAUGAAUCCCUCGACGCCACUUCGAAGCCCUAACCCUAGCAAGCACGGCGGCCCCGGCGUCUACCAGAUCGGCGGCGUCCCCGUGGAGUUCCCCUUCAAGCCCUACGGCUCCCAGCUCGCCUUCAUGGGGCGCGUCAUCUCCACCCUCGAUCGCGCCCGCCGGCAGGGCCGAUGCCACGCUCUCCUCGAGUCCCCCACCGGCACCGGCAAGUCCCUCUCCCUCCUCUGCUCCUCCCUCGCCUGGCAGCGCCACCACCAGCACCUCGUCCUAUCUGGGGCCGCUGCUCCGCCCCCGUGUCCCCCGCCGCUCGCGUCCGAUCCCCUCGUCCAUGGUGGCGGAUUUAUUCCCCCGUCCCAGCCUUCGAGUGACGCUGAGGAACCUCCGGCGCCUACAAGCGCUAGAGCUCAGAGGAGACAGUCGCUUCCCAAAAUCUACUAUGCUUCGAGGACUCACUCCCAGAUAAGUCAGGUGGUUCGUGAAUAUAGGAAAACAUCCUAUCGGGUGCCAAUGGCAAUUCUGGCAUCACGAAAGCACUACUGCACUAACAAGCAUGUGUGCACAAGAGAUAAUCUGGAUGAUGAAUGUAAAUUGCUUCUGAAGGAUGAAAACCUAGGUUGCAGUGAAUACAAAAAUGCACACAAAGUCAAAUGUCAUCCCUCUCUUCAGAAAGGUGGCUGUUAUGAGGUUCAUGACAUUGAAGAUCUUGUAAAAGUUGGGCACAGUGUGAAAGGUUGUUCAUAUUUUGCUGCACAAACAAUGGCUGAGGAAGCUCAGCUAGUUUUCUGCCCAUACAGUUACAUUAUAAAUCCAACAGUCCGGAGAGCAAUGGAUAUAGAUAUAAAAGGAUCCAUUGUGAUACUGGAUGAGGCCCACAACAUAGAGGAUGUUGCACGUGAUGCAGGGAGUAUAGAAGUUGAAGAGGAUGUGCUUUUUGCAUUGCAAACGGAACUUGAACACUUAUGCAUGGCUGAUGGUGGAGCAAUGACAUACCAACCAUUAUAUGACAUGAUUCAGGGAAUAAUAAGUUGGAUAGGUGACAGGAAAAUGAGCAUGAAAAAGCAUGAAUUUGAGCACUACUCUUCAUUUUGGACUGCUGAUAAGGCCAUUAGGGAGCUCCAACAGGCUGGAAUUACAGAACAAUGUUUUCCAAUUCUACAUCAAUGUGCCACGAAGGCAAUUAAAGCUGCUUCAGAUGAAGAAUCUGUUGGAAACCGUUUAAGUGGCAUGUCCUUAAUUGCAUUGGAAGGUCUAUUCUCCUCACUUAGUUAUUUCUUCUGUGGAAAUGGCAGCCGUGCAACUGAUUAUCAACUAGCAUUGCAACGUUAUGUUAAAAGAGAAGGCGGUAAUGCUGCGAAUGGCUGGAUCUGCAAAUUGAGUUUGUGGUGCCUGAAUCCUGCUGUUGUUUUCAAAGAGAUUGCAAAUCUGUCUCUUUCAGUUAUCCUUACAUCAGGAACUCUUGCCCCGAUGGGCUCAUUUGCAUCUGAACUUGGAGUGCAGUUUGAAGCUUGCUUGGAAGCACCACAUGUCAUUGAUGUGGAAUCACAAGUUUGGGCUGCAGUAGUCCCUGCAGGUCCUGCAAAUUGCCAGUUAAAUGCCAGCUACAAAACUGCUGAUGGAUAUGCUUUCCAGGAUGGACUUGGAGCUUCUCUAGAGGAAAUAUGCAAGAUUGCACCAGGUGGUGUUCUUGUUUUCUUUCCUAGUUAUAAGUUGUUGGAAAAGCUACAUUUUCGAUGGAGUCAGACAGGUCAAUGGUCUCGAUUGAAUGCUGAAAAGCUCCUUUUUGUUGAACCAAGAGGAGCUAUGGAUGAAUUUGAACCUGUUCUUAAAGGCUAUUAUGAAGCAAUUCGUGGGAAUACAGGGGCUCCUCAUGUGAAAAAAAGACUUGGUCUAAUGAGAGCCUCCAAAAAUCCUUCCAGCAAGGAGUGCUCACAAAAUCCUGCAAAAGGAGCAGCUUUUCUUGCAGUUUGCCGAGGCAAGGUAUCAGAAGGUAUUGACUUCUCAGAUGAAAAUGCUAGGGUAGUUGUGAUUGUUGGUAUUCCAUUUCCAAACAAAAAUGACAUUCAUGUGGUGUUAAAGAAGAAGUAUAAUGAUACAUAUAGAUCAUCAAAGCAUCUCCUUAGUGGGAGCGAAUGGUAUUGCCACCAAGCAUUCCGUGCUCUGAAUCAAGCUGCAGGUCGCUGCAUUCGCCACAGAUUUGAUUAUGGAGCUAUUAUUUUUUUAGAUGAGCGGUUCACGGAGGAACGAAAUCUCACGUACAUCUCAAAGUGGCUGAAGAGUUCAAUCAAGCAUUUCAACAGCUUUGAUGAAUCUCUCAUGGGGUUACGAAGCUUUUUUGAAACUGCUCAGAAGCAGUUUGGUCAAAAAGGUGACCAUCCAACUAGCAAGAAUGUUUCUCAGACUGAAUCAUACAAUUCUGAUUUUAGCGAGGAAAACUCAUUAUCCUCAAAAUCAAGUCUGAACCAGGGGAUUCAAAAGGAAAAAGUUAAGAAAGUCAAGGUCAACCAUCAGAGUGCAAGGAAGACUAUCCAUGAGAGUAGAGCAGCUCCUGCAAAAAAUAACAAAUUAAUCAAAUCUUCAAGCCUUGAUGGGGAAAGUGCCCCUCUCUCUUCAUUGAAGGAUUACUUUAUCAAGGGAGGCAAGGCAACUAGUGAGACAAAUAUCAAACCCUCAAUCUUCCAUGGAGACUAUGUGGACCCUAACGAAAGUACCCGGAAGCAAUCCAAAUGUUUGGAGACCAUAUCGGCAGGAUUGUGUGAAACCAAGUUGCAUCAGCCUCUAGUCAGUGAAAGCUUCAAUGCAGAUGAUAAUAAUGCUACUUGCGAAAGUGUGUCCAAGGUUGAAAGCCUGUAUCCUGCUGUAGCCACCUUCGACCAGUUUCGAGAGAGAGCCACUCUUUCACCCUCAACAUUUUCAAAUGGAACCAUAUCUGAAGAUACAUUGGCAUCAGCAGGUUCUCCUGAAAGUAACAAGUGCAUGGAUCCCUUCAAUCUUGAGAAAGAAAUAUUCUUGAACAUGAGUGUGAGUUCCCACAGUGAAAAAAGAAGAAAGCUAACAGAUUUGCAAAUGACUGGUCUUAAUCAGAUGGACUGUAUUAGUUCUGAUACAGAAUCCUUCUACCCAGUUGACUCUGUCAGCAGCAUAUCAAGAGAAACUGAUCAAAUAUCUGAAACACCAUUUUCAGACAACUGUUCAGCAUCCCAGCACCAGAUACCAAGUCAAGGAAUGUUCAUACAAAAUGGUGGUACAUCUGUAGAAAAGAAGCUAGUAUUAAGUUGUUUGUACUGUAAUAGUCCAUUGGGAUUGCAGAAGAAUGAUUUCCUAGUUAGGUGUUCAUUGACUUCAUCAUCAAAGGCUUUCUUGGCAUAUGUGCUGAAGCAUGGACCUCCAACUGAAGGUCGUUUAAAUUCUCUUCGCAGUACACCAGAGACAGACGUGCCCGUUGUAGCUUGUGAUUCCUCCGCUGUUGACCAUCACAUCUUUGAUAAGGGCAUCAAAGAGGUUGCUUCACAACAUGAUUUCUGGUCUGAAGAAGACGGUUGUGUAUUCAGGAUACUUAACUGCCCCUUCUGUACUGCACGAAAGCGGUGCCUGGGCGUGCGAAUUAUUGCAGCUGAUGCAUCUAAUAGUCACUUACUGAACAAGGUUCUCUUUUUUGCAUAUUAUUUGGAUAUGAAAGAUGAACAAAAACCAACGACAAAGGUUUCCAUGCCCAUUAGUUGCAAUGCUCCAGGACAAGGAUCAGCCCUAACUGAGAUUGAGAGAGAUUCAUAUGUUUCUUGUCCACAGAAGACUGAGCUCUUAAAUGCUAGAAGAUCGAAGCAGCUCAGUCUACCCAAAAAAGAUCAAUGUUCUUUGGAGCAUCGAGCUGGAGUCUAGACUUGAUGAUGAAGUACAUGUUUCCUCCUGGUGGGUUGUAGCAUCAUCAAAAUGCAGUAUCUAAAAUAUAAAACCCAUCAUGUUUUGGUAAUAUUCCGGAAAACUGCAGACUGGAAAACCAUCAAUGAGAGAACAAGCAUGCCACAUCCAGAACGGAAGCAUUCAGGAUUUAUAUGGUCUUCGCAAGGUAUUUCACUCUCUGCUGGAUGGUUUUCAGUAUGUUUUGUACAGUACUACGAAUUUAUAGAUUAUAUGGAUUCACCUGAAACAUAUGUUUUAGUGGCUGUGUUAUAUUUACAUCACAUUAGAGGUGACAAGUAAUUGAAUCAAAAUUUUCUUUCUGGUGAAAGAAAAAUAAGUUUCUUGUAUGUCUGUAUUUGACUUCAUGUCAGGCUGCUGGUAGUGCAUCUUUCAUA